CUGAGUCCGGUAUUCUAUAUUUGUUAAAAAUUGAAGGAAGGGUGCCUUUUAAAUUAAGACUAUUUUAGUUAGCUAACUUGUGCAAAAAAAAUUUCUAGUGUAUCGUUUUGCUUUCUUGAACUUAUAGAUUUUCUUACCAAGAUCUUACUGAAAAUAUUGAAGAGUAGGUAUGAGAAGAAUCGAACGCAAUCAGAGAAAACAUGAGCGCGCUCGCACCCGAGUGCAUUUUAACGAGCGCGCUCGUCGCUUGAAUGCAUUUUACUCGUGCGCUCGUGCACCGUGAUAUAUUUUUUUAAAUACAUAAUAAGUGAGCAGCUAUUUGCACAACAAGUAAACAAUUGUUCAAACAUUUUUUGUGAGAUCACUUACCUGUCUUGUAAAGAACUUAUUUAAAUUAGGAAUGAUAUGCGAGCGCUCGACCUACGAGCGCAAUUCGUGUGUUUCGCUCGAUCAGCGUGUGUGCUCAUACACCGAGCGCCCGUUCGAUUUGUCCCAUACCUAUUCAAGAAGUCAUCGUCUCAGCUACACGAAGUUUUAUUAAGAUACCUACUCAUUUACUUUGAUUCUACUUCACAUCGAUAAGUCCUGUGCUUUUUUAGCGGAGAAACCGACAGAGAGACCAUCAUUUUCUGAAGCGCCGCCGGUUGCUUGGCAUGAUCUUACUCACAGUCCGAUUCCACAAAUCAUAAAUACUUUCAUUCAAACACACAAUUUUCCGUUCAUUGAUCAAAUUAAAAACCCUGUUCAAAGCACGUCCGAUAUCGUUUUUAUACAAAACAUUUUAUCUGAUUUACUACGACAUUGGCUAGAAAGUGGUUUAUUAACAAAUGAUCAAGACGUAUCGAUUUUACGUGAUAUAAUUAACUUAUUUUCGUCCAUCGUCAAUGUUAGCUCCGAAUUCGUUGCAUUAGAUAAAACCUUUAUUAAAACAAUUCAAUUAUGCAUUCAAGACGUUGCUAAAAGAUAUCAAAAGUACUUGAAUGAUGUUAAUAUGGCCCCGUUUUGUCAUUUAGUUGAAAUAUUACUAUUUAAAUUUCCAAAUUCAGCUGAUUUUCUCUUUAAAUCAAUUGUUUAUUGUCUGUAUUCAACAUGUUAUGUGGAUGCAUUUUUAAAUUUUAAAGAACAAAUGAAACCAGUUGAAGAAUUUUUAUUAAUUACUUGUCCAAAAUAUUUUCAUUCGAUCGAAAAACAAAACCAAGUUCUAUCAACAUCGACUGCUGAAAUAGACUAUCGUUAUAAUGAAAUCUAUGAGCAAAUGUUACCAUCAAUCAGCAAAUGGAACAGUUCUAUUCUAUCGGCAAUGCAUUAUAUGACUAGUAUUCUAAUAAAACGAAUAAAAAACUUAUAUUCAAACAAACGUCGACAAAAAUUAUUCUAUCAUCUACUAUUUAUUUUGAAAAAUACUCAAAUAUCAACCGAACUAAUUCAUUCAACGUUAGUCUUAUUCUACAAUUUAAUUACAAAUCAUCAUUUGCAAUAUCAAAUUAAACGUGAAGAAAAAAAUUUGUCAGUAAUAUUUUUUCAUUUAUUAAGUUCAAACCAUGGUCAAAUUGUACUUUAUUCAUGUAAAAUAUUGGCUCACAUUAUCAAUGAUGAACAACAGGAUGAAUAUAUUAGUAAAAUAACAUCCGUAUUUCUAGAUUUCAUUCAAAAGACAGUUGAUGAUCCAGUUCAAGAGGUGUUUGGAGGUACAACAAUGGAUAUGUUAUUGAAAGAUUUUAAAGAAUUACUACGCUGUGAUAAAGUAAAACAAGAAGUAAUUAAACGAAAUGGUUUAAUGUUAUUAAUUCAGUGUGCUUCGAACGGUGGCCAUGAUCAAGCUGUCCCAGCAAAAACACUUCAACUGCUAUUAGAAAUUUUAUUGCAAAUGAUUACAGUCAAUACCAGUGAAGUCGGCAUUGAACAAAUAAAACAAUAUCAAAAUUUCAUAGAAAAAUGCUUAAAAUUUCAUUUAAAAUUAACAGAUAAGAAAAUUAUAAUGGCAACACAAAGCUUUCUAGAGAAAUUAGGCGAAAAAGAAGAAAAAGAAGCGACAACAACAGAUUAA